AUGCCCAUAAUCUUCUACUGCUUUGCCCUCAAGUUUGAGUUUCUUAACUGCUCUGCUCUACCGAUUUGCAAAAGAGAAAUGGCACAGCCAAAUGUUACUUUGAUUUCGGAUUUGGAUAUACUUAAAGAUGAUUCGACUAUCAAAGUUAAAGUGAUAAACCUAUGGAACCUUUUUUCAUUCUAUAACAAGGAUGAACUUUUCUCGAUUGAAUUAAUCUUAAUAGAUGAACAGGGUACCAAGAUCCAAGCAAAUGUAUUAAGAAAAAACAUCUAUCGAUUCAAAAACAUUCUAAAAGAUGGCUUGGCAUUUUAUAUACAAUGUCCAAGCUUUGCAUCUCAAAGGAUGGGUGGUUUUACUUUAACUCGGCAACAUCAUAAACUUACUUUUGUCCGUAACACUGUUCUUACGGAGUGUCAUGACUUUUCUGGACCUGCAUUUGGUUUUGAAUUUGUUGAUUACCAGUCUAUUAUCUCAUUGACCCAUCCUAAAAACACCGCUAUCGAUGUUAUUGGAUUGGUCGUUGCAAUUGGUGAGAUGGGGAGAGACAAUGAUGAUAUCAAAAAACACAGACUCAACAUCCAAAUCCAAGAUGCAAAUGUCAAUUUGUGGGGUGAUUUUGCUUACAAAAUGCAAGGGUUUCUUGAUAACAAUUCACACAAUCUUCGUAUCAUUGUUAUCAUUCAAUUUGCGAAACUUAGUAUUUGGAGAGAUCGUCCCACAGUUAACACCUAUUUUUCCGUGUCGAAGCUGUUCAUUAACACAGACAUUGAUGAAAUCAAUGUUUUUAAGAAAAGUUUGGAUGGAGAUGAUCGCCCUGAUUCAUCCACAAAUACAUUCACACUUAUGAAGUCUAAUAAAGUUUCUGAACAUGAUGAUUUCAUGGUUAAGUUUCAGUUGAAGACAAUUGCUGAUGUUUCAGAACCUGUGGAGCUUGGUUUUAGUACUCAACUUUAUCCCGGAGAGAUAAAUGCACUAAAAGGUUUGAAGUUGGCUUUUAAAAUAUCAAUCAGUCGCUUCAAUGUCUCGAACAACAACAACCAAUACAGUAUAUGUAGAGUCAGUGAUGAUGAAAAGUUGAUUGAAGAACUCGAAAAUAAGUUUACCGUUUCACAGGUUGGUAAUUCACAAUCAUUUGAUAUUGGUGAAGCCGAUUCUGAAUCACAAGAUAAUAGGAUUUUGAAGGAUGCAAUUUCUGGGACAGACGACAACAUAACACCUUACACUGUUGAUAAAAACUCAGCAACAAGUCCCAUGAAGGGUUUCAAUACACCAACUGCUUUGAAGAGAAAUCCGGAAGAAGUGUUUGAUCUGGAGUUGAAUGAACAUUUAUCAUCAUCAAAAACUCCUAAAAUAUCGCCAGAAGGACGCAUUAACCAGAUUGUGAAGGUAAAGUUGGAAAAAAGUGGCUGA